CACACGCGCGCGCACAAUGCACAGGUUACGUGGAUUCCUUCACGCAGUCGUUUUAGUGUGGACGUCGUUUUGUAUCAAAGACUCUAUACAGGGAGAGCACCAGAGGAGGUUGUAUAAGGAGUUGUUAGAAAACUACAACAGACUGGAGAGACCCGUGGCCAAUGACUCUGCACCUCUGGUAGUGGUACUUGGACUCACACUGCUCCAGAUUAUAGAUGUGGAUGAGAAGAACCAAGUGCUCAUCACCAACGCUUGGCUACAGAUGGACUGGACAGAUGUGUAUCUAAGCUGGAACCCUGAGAAUUACCCAGGCGUUAAUAAUCUUCGCUUCCCAUCCAAUCAGAUCUGGACACCUGACAUCCUCCUCUAUAACAGCGCUGAUGAGAGGUUUGACGCCACCUUUCACACCAACGUGCUGGUGAACUCCUCAGGAGCCUGUCAGUAUAUCCCACCAGGUAUUCUGAAGAGCACGUGUUACAUUGACGUGCGCUGGUUCCCGUUCGACGUGCAGAAAUGUAAACUGAAGUUCGGCUCCUGGACCUACAGCGGCUGGCUGCUGGACCUGCAGAUGCAGGUUGUGGACACUUCCACAUACAUCCCUAACGGAGAGUGGGACCUCGUAGAGGUCCCAGGGAAGAGGAAUGAGCUGUAUUAUGAGUGUUGUAAGGAGCCGUACCCGGAUGUGACCUACACAGUGAUCAUCAGGAGGCGGACGCUGUACUAUGGACUCAACCUGCUCAUUCCCUGCGUCCUCAUCUCAGGCCUCGCGCUGCUCGUCUUCCUACUACCUGCUGACUCUGGAGAGAAGAUCUCGUUAGGUAUCACCGUGCUGUUGUCCCUCACCGUCUUCAUGCUGCUGGUGGCGGAGAUCAUGCCUGCCACCUCUGACUCCGUCCCCCUCAUAGCUCAGUACUUUGCGAGUACGAUGAUGAUCGUGGGCUUGUCUGUCGUCGUCACCGUCCUCGUCCUGCAGUUUCACCAUCACGAUCCACACGGAGGCAAAAUGCCAAAAUGGGUGCGGGUGAUCCUGCUCCAGUGGUGCGCCUGGUUCCUGCGUAUGAAGAAACCAGGUGAUGAACGCAAGUCCCCCUACAGCUACUCCAGCACCAGCAGCCUGCAGAUGGGCAGCGUGCCCAGCCAGAUGGGCACCAACGGCCACACGAACCUCUACUUCGGCUUCCACUCGCCAGACAGCACCUGCUGCCCCAAUAGCAGCGACUCAGGCGUGUCGUGUGGAGUUUCCUGCAGCGGUGGGCAUCGCGAGCCAGCCCUGGCGCUAUCAGGCGAGCAGCGAGAGCUGCAGAGGCUCCUGGUUGAGGUGUCGUACUUGGCACAGCGUUUCCGGGCCCAGGACGAGGCUGAGGCGGUGCGAGGCGAGUGGAAGUUUGCAGCAGCCGUAGUAGAUCGCCUCUGUCUCGUCGCCUUCUCACUCUUCUCCAUCGUGUGCACCUUCGCCAUCCUCAUGUCAGCGCCCAACUUCAUCGAGGCCGUCUCCAAGGACUUUACAUAA